AUGUCGAGAAUGUCUUUCGAUUUCCGAUAUCUUCUUCUACCUGCUGCCGUCUUGUUCAUCUACAUCCAGAUGAGACUUUUUACUACCCAGUCCGAAUAUGCCGAUCGCCUUGCUUCUGCUGUUGAAUCGGAGAGCCAUUGCACAAGUCAAAUGAAAUUACUGAUUGAUCAGAUAAGCUCUCAGCAAGGCAAAAUUGUGGCCCUUGAAGAGGAAAGGAAGCGUCGAGAAGAUGAAUGUAAAGAACUGAAGUCCCUUGUCGAAGAUCUUCGAAGGAAAGGCCUGCAAAAAGUGGUUACGGAAGUGCAGCCACCCGUCGCAGCAGUUGUCAUUAUGGCUUGCAACCGUGCUGAUUAUCUGGAACGGACGGUUGAGUCUGUUUUGAAGCACCAGAGCUCUGUUGCUUCGAAGUUUCCACUCUUUGUAUCACAGGAUGGAUCACAUCCAGAUGUCAAAAGCAAGGCUUUGAGUUACAGUCAGCUGGUUUAUAUGCAGCACUUGGACUCUGAACCUGUUCACACAGAAAGACCUGGUGAAUUAAUAGCAUACUAUAAAAUUGCAAGGCAUUAUAAGUGGGCAUUGGAUCAAUUGUUCUACCAGCAUAAUUUCAACCAAGUAAUCAUUCUAGAAGAUGACAUGGAAAUUGCACCUGAUUUUUUUGAGUAUUUUGAGGCUGCUGCGGCGUUAUUGGAAAAGGACAAGUCUAUCAUGGCUGUUUCCUCAUGGAAUGACAAUGGUCAGAAGCAGUUUGUGCAUGACCCGUAUGCACUAUACCGUUCAGAUUUCUUCCCUGGACUGGGUUGGAUGCUGUCCAAGGGGACUUGGGAUGAACUCUCCCCUAAAUGGCCAAAAGCAUAUCCUUUUAAAUUCACUUACUGGGAUGACUGGUUGAGAUUAGAAGAGAACCACAAGGGUCGCCAAUUUGUUCGUCCGGAAGUGUGCAGAACAUAUAACUUCGGUGAAGUUGGUUCUAGUUUGGGACAGUUCUUCAAGCAAUAUCUUGAGCCAAUUAAGCUAAAUGAUGUCAAGGUCAAUUGGAUGUCAAUGGAUUUGAGCUACUUGAUGAAGGACAAAUAUCCAAAACAUUUUGCUGAAAUAGUGAGGAAUGCCAAACUUGUCCGCGGAAAGGAUGCUGUUCUGAAGGCAUUCAACAUAGUGGGUGAUGUGCGCAUCCAGUACCAGGACGAGGAUGAAUUUGCAAACAUUGCACGCCAAUUUGGGAUUUUUGAAGAGUGGAAGGAUGGAGUACCAAGGACAGCAUACAAGGGAGUCGUGGUUUUCCGGCAUCAAACAUCAAGGAGAGUUUUCCUUGUUAGUCCUGAUUCUUUGAGGCAACUAGAAAUUCUAGAUGCUUGA